AUGGGCUUUCAUGGUUUGUUUUUGUGUCUGACCAGAGAAAGCAUGUCUGUUAAGUCAAAGAAGAGAUCUACGUGGAAAUUUUUUAUAAGUGGUGAGGACAGUGCUAAAUGCAAAAUUUGUCAUGUUAACGUUAAAACAGGUGGCAACACGACAAAUUUGAUGAACCAUUUGAAACGAAAUCAUCUCGAAGUCAUCGAAACAGAGCCUGUAAUCAAGAAAAUUGAGGCUAAUAAUCCAGAUAAUCCUACUAGUACUAGGAUACAAACUGAAGAAGUAAAAUGUAGUGAGAUUACUGCACUAUUGUCAGAUUCGUCAAAUGUCUCAACCACAGCAUCUAAAUCUGAUGCUUCAUCACCAUUUCAGUCAAAAUCUAAACAACCGAAAAUUGACAGUACAUUUCAAGAUGUACAAUCCUUCCGAGAAGGGGGUUCCAAAGCUGGUCAAAUUACAAACGCAAUUUUAUUUAUGAUAGCGAAGGAUAAUCAUCCUUUUCAAAUAGUGGAAGACGAAGGAUUUCAACAUUUCAUUAAAACAGCAAUUCCUUUAUAUAAAGUUCCUGGCCGAAAAUCAAUCACACGUCUGAUGGAAGAAAAAUACGAAUUAUUAUCCAUGGUUAUUAAAUCGAAGCUUUCGGCUGUGAAUGCAAUAACAUUAACAACAGACGUCUGGACGGAUACUUUGAAUACACGAAGUUAUUUAGGAAUGACUGCACACUUUAUAUCGGAAGCUAAACUACAAUCCGUUAUGCUAGGCGUGACUCCACUUGAAGAACGACAUACAGCGGAUUAUUUGAGCGAAUGGUUGCUGAAUACCUACAACGGCGCAAACAUAUUAAAGGCUGUUAAUGACAAUUUCGGAAAACACAAACACCUAGCAUGCUUUGCUCACACUUUGAAUCUCGUUGCAUCCAAGGUCAUCGAUGAAGAACCGACGGUUCAUGCUUUGUGCGAAAAAGUAAAAGCACUUGUCACGUUUUUUAAACAAUCUGUAGCAGCCGCGGAUGAGCUCAGAAAAUAUACUAAUAAAAAACUGAUUCAAAGUGUUUCUACCAGAUGGAAUUCGACGUACUUUAUGCUCGAUCGAUUUGUCGAAAUAUCAGAAAGCGUUAGCGGACUGCUGCUCAAGUUUCCAAAAUCGCCUGCAAUGUUAUCAGCAAGUGAAUUGCAGCUUGCAAGAGAGACGAUCGAAAUAUUGAAGCCUAUCGAAAGCGCAUCGCGAGAAGCGUGUGGCCAAAUUUAUGUAACGGCCAGCAGAGUCGUCCCUUUAAUAAACUUUCUAAAAAAUAAAAUUGAUACAUUGGAGACGAAUUUGACGACAAGCGGAGGAAUUAAGUUGAGAGUGCUACUUUUGGCCAAUUUUGAAAAGAGGUUCGGAAAAGUUGAAUACACUACUCUUCUUGCUGUUUCGACGAUCUUCGAUCCAAGGUUCAAAAAAUUGUAUUUUAAUAGUCCACUCGCGUACUCUCAAGCGCUGCAAAAGAUUAUAAGAGAGAUGAAAUUGAUUUCUAAAGAAUCACUAAAUGUUCAAAAUAAACAAAACUUGACUCCAGAAAAAGAGCUCCCCAACGAUGAUAGUCUCUGGUCAUACCACGAAAGCCGCUCUCGGGCGGGGACCCGUUUGGGCUAG